AUGUUAAAAGAUAAUGUCAAUCCCAAAGGAUUGAAUAUAAAUGGAUUGCGAAACGGGAAGAAUGGUACAGUUGUUGUCUCUGCUUCAGAUAAAACCUCAAUUGAGUUAAUCAAGGUUAAUGUUGAGAAAAAACUGGGUCAAGACUACGAGGUUAAGAUACCAGAAGCAUUGAGACCGACGAUCAAAAUUAUAGGAUUUAGCGAAGAAAUGAAUGAAAAUGAUUUGAAAGUUGCGUUGUUGAAACAGAACCCUUCGUUGGACAAAACCAAACAUUUCGAAUACAUGGGAGAUCUACCGAAAGGACGAGAAACGAUAAACAGGAACAGAAUAUUCGUCCCUGCACUGACCGAUGAGAUACUGAGGGAUGAAGUAUUCUGUCAAAUUAUGCGACAGUUUACGGUGAAUCAGAUCCAGAUCAGUGAAGAACGGGAAUGGGAUUUAAUGUGGUUAGCAACGGGGGUGAUGCUACCUAGUCAGCCGCUUCUGAAGAGUUGUUCCAGUUCCUCAGGACAAGAAAGCAUCCAUUGCUUGCAGAGAAUACAGAAGGUCAUGAAGGUUGGGCGGAGGAGGUUGCCUCCGUAUACUGUGGAAGUGGAAGCGAUUCGCUAUCGAACUGUUGAGAUUUAUCAUAAAGUGUACUUCCCGGAUGAUACAGACGAAGCUUUCCAGAUAGAAUCGUCCACGAAGGUUGCUGACUUACUGCAAACUAUCACCGGAAGACUAGAGCUGAAGUCCAGCGAAGGCUUCAGCUUGUUUAUCAAAAUCGGUGAUAUGAUAUUCUCUAUGUCGGAGGAACGGAUACAAGAAACGCUUCCGUCCAGGACGAAUGACAAUCGAAUUUCUUGCGAGUAUCAGUUAUUUUUCAUGAAGAAGCUAUGGAUUUACGUGGGGCCUGGGAAGGACCCUAACGCGAAUCAAAGGUUUUAUUUCUUCCAAGAAGUGCCUAAGCUGUUGCAAAGAUACUAUAAAGUAACGAAAGCAGAGGUUGUAGAACUUUCAGCUUACAUAUUCGCUGAUAUGAUGCAUUGCCUGGUUCCCGAGGAUGCUGUCAGAAUGCAGAAGACUUAUCUCUGGAAGAAAGAUAUCAUUUCGAAGGUCACUUCAUUGAAACGCAUCAGUCACUCUGAGGUGAAAACAGAGUUUUUGAAGAUUGUUUGCAAAUUUCCAAUGUUCGGUUCCACGUUUUUCGUUGACAAGCAGGUUACAGAUCAAAAUCUUCCGGAAACAUUGCUAGUAGCGAUCAACAAGCAUGGAUUCAAUCUGAUAGAUUCCCGAACGAAAAUGAUGGCAGUGUCAUCAGAGAAUAAUGACAGAAUGCCGCCCGGAAGGGGAGGAACAUCUGAUGUAAAUAUGUUGAACAGGAUAUGUCCUAGAACACUACCCUGGGGAACACCGGCAUCAACUCUGAAGGUAUCAGAAUGGGAAUUCCUCAAGAAGACCUGGAACGAUCUGCUCGCUGAAUAA